ACUUCUUGGAGUAACCCCACAGCACCCUAUGCUGAUUUUACUUAGAAGGGAAAAGAAGCCAACAGGAAAUGAAAGCCUCAUAUGCUGAAACCGAGAGCUUCCGGCCGAAAUCCUUAAUGUAUAUGUGAUGCAACUUCAAUUUGGUAAUAUUUUUUGAGUGCACAGUCAAGUACUUUGCCAGAGAUUCUAAAGGAAACCAACAGAAUGUUUUCCUAGAAUAAUAUCUGACCAUUUUACUUCCCUGAUGGAAGCUUUAUCAGCUCACUAGGCUUACAACAACCCUGCUGAGAUGUAUUGUGCAUAAGGAUAGGUUUUGAAAUACAUCUUAAGUAAUUGGUGUUAUUAAUAAUUAAUGUUUGUCAAUAAUUUACUUUUUUAGAAUGUUCUCUUGGUUGUAGUGAACUAUGGCUAGUAGAAUGAAAUUGGGUACGAUCUGGCGCCUACCUUAUCUUCCAGCCCAAGGCAGCACGUCUUGUACGUGAACUUGGCCACCUCAGCCCCAGCAUUAAGGCUGGGACUGUCGCAGGCACGUGGAGCCCGCACACCUCGCGCAUAACCACGAGACCUGCGCCAUCGGGCCCAGGCCCUGCCUUCUCACCGCUGUCUUCCCUCCCCGGAGUUCUCUCACGUCCAUUCCAGACCCGAAAACCUGCCUUAAAAGAACUUCGAACCACGAACCUACAACUGCGGUAUUAACAGCCAGCAGGCGGCUAACAUUCCCAGAGCUCACUGCAGUCACGCCCCAUGCCGUCCGGCGCCAGCGUCGCCGGGAGCAGCCCUGGGGAGCGCGCGGUGGGAAGGGUGCCUGGUAGCCCGCAGGGGAGGACCCCGAGGAGCGCCCCACAGGCUCCGCAGGGCCCGGAGGUGCGGGGCUGGCGGCGUGGGGCCCGGCAGAGUCGCGCGCUGUGGGGCCUGCGGCCGCGCCCGUCCUAGCCAGGCCGAACCUCCGGUGGCAAGGACCGCACAACAGCUACCGGGGCCAUCGGCCUGCACAGACAAAAGCUGGCGUCCAGCCACCAGUCGGCCCGGCAGGAUAGGGUCCGUAGAACCAAAGGGCACAAGAGCAGUGCCCACGACUGCCUCGGGAAAGCGAAACUAAGACGUGACCACCCGCCUUGGAAGCGGUGGGGAGUUACCAAGACAACCGACCAGGAGUCUUACUCCGGCGGCGACUGCGCGCUCUGUUCUUUCCCGCUGCGCCUGCGCGCCCCUCUCCUCUUCCCCCAACGCCUGCGCACCUCGCUCCUUCCCGAGUCUCCCGGGCCUGGGUGCGCCCGCCUCGCCGGCACAAAUGGGGCGGGCUCUCGAACGGAAGCGGAAGUAGUGCGGAGGUGUAGGGCUGCGACGGUGACCCAGGUUUUGAGGGCUGGCUUCUUUAACGACUCUGAGCCUUUGCCCGCUUCUGUCAAGAGCCUUCAUCUCACUCAGGGGCUCUGUCUUCAUCACUGUCUCCAGAGCUGUCAGCUCAGACCUUGGAGCAUAGGAAGUAGCAGAUCUUUCCCAGUGUUCAGCUAUGGGUGUGAGAGGUUUGCAAGGAUUUGUGGGAAGUACCUGCCCACACGUGUGUACAGUGGUAAAUUUCAAAGACCUGGCGGUGCAGCACCACAGCCAGUAUCCUGGAUGCACACCCACGGUAGUGGUGGAUGCCAUGUGUUGUCUCAGGUACUGGUACACUCCGGAAUCUUGGAUCUGCGGUGGUCAAUGGCGAGAAUACUUUUCUGCUUUGCGAGACUUUAUUAAAGCUUUCACGGCAGUGGGCAUCAAGCUGGUCUUCUUCUUCGAUGGUAUGGUGGAGCAGGGCAAGCGAGAUGAGUGGGUGAGGCGCAGACUAAAGAACAGCAAGGAGAUAAGCAGGAUUUUCCAUUAUAUCAAGUCUCACAGGCAGCAGCCUGGAAGGAACAUGUUCUUUAUCCCCUCUGGGCUAGCUUUGUUCACACGAUUUGCCCUGAAGACACUGGGUCAGGAGACAUUUUGCUCGUUGCGGGAGGCAGACUACGAGGUCGCUUCCUAUGGUCUCCAGCACAACUGUCUUGGGAUUCUUGGGGAAGACACAGAUUACUUAAUCUAUGACACUUGCCCCUAUUUUUCUAUUAGCGAGCUCUGCUUAGAGAGCCUGGACACUGUCAUGCUCUGUAGAGAGAAACUGUGCGAGCAUCUGAGUCUCCACCUGAUGGACCUUCCUCUGCUGGCCUGCCUACUUGGCAAUGACGUAAUCCCAGAAGGCAUGUUUGAAAGCUUUCGGUACAAGUGUUUAUCUUCCUAUACCUCUGUAAAAGAAAACUUUGACAAAAAAGGCAACAUUAUCUUAGCUGUGUCAGAUCAUAUAUCUAAAGUUCUUCGCUUGCAUCAAGGUGAGAAAAAAUUAGAGGAUAUAUUACCUUUGGGACCAAACAAAUCUCUUUUUUAUAAAGGAGUGGCAUCAUAUCUUCUGCCAGGACAGAAAUCACCUUGGUUUUUCCAAAAGCCCAAAGAUGUAAUAACUUUGGACAAACAGGUAAUAACCAUGAGUUCUGAUUCUGAAUCCAAGAAAGACAUUUCUAUGUGUACAGACCUUGAAUCCAGGCAAGAAGUUUCCAUGUGUACAGAUUCUCAAUCCAGGCAAGAAGUUCCCGUGUGUACAGACCCUGAAUCCAGGCAAGAAGUUCCCGUGUGUACAGACCCUGAAUCCAGCCAAGAAGUUCUUAUGUGUACAGACCCUGAAUCCAGGCAAGAAGUUCUCAUGUGUACAGACCCUGAAUUCAAGCAAGACGUUCCCAUGUGUACAGAGCCUGAAUCAAGGCAAGAAAUUCCCACAUAUAUAUACUCUGAACCCAAGCAAGAAGUUCUCAUGUAUACACUCCCUGAAUCCAAACAGAAAGUUCCUAUAUGUGCAGAUUCUGUAUCUAAGCAAGAAGUUUCCAUGUGUACACACCCCGAAAUCACACAAAAAUUACAUAUGGCAAUGGACUCUGAAUUUAAGUUAGACACUUCCAUGUGUUUUCAACCUGAAAUUAAACCAGAAGACCCUGUGAAUAUGGGGCCUGAAAUGAAGCAGCAAGUAACCAUGGUUUUGGACACUGAAAUCUUAAAGGUUGCUAGAACUCGGCACGUGCAAGCAGAAAGCUACCUGGUGUACAGCAUCAUGAGCAGCGGCGAGAUUGAGUGCAGCAACACCCUGGAGGAUGAGCUGGACCAGGCCCUGCCCAGCCAGGCCUUCAUUUACCGCCCAGUCCGACAGCGUGUGUACUCACUUUUACUGGGGGACUGUAAAGGGGGAACACCUAGUUUGAAAAUACUGUGGCUGAACCAGGAGCCAGAGGUGCAGGCCCGGCGCUUGGACACACUUCUGGCCUGUUUCAACCUGUCCUCCUGCAGGGAAGAGCUGCAGGCCGUGGAGAGCCCGUUGGCAGCUCUGUGCUGUCUCCUCAUCUACCUGUUUGUCCAGGUAGACACCCUUUGCCUGGAGGAUUUACACGCAUUCAUUGCCCAAGCCCUGUGCCUCCAAGGAAAGUCAACUGCACAGCUGAUAAACUUACAGCCUGAUUACAUCAACCCCAGAGCUGUGCAGCUGGGCUCCCUGCUGGUCCGUGGCCUCACCACUCUGGUCCUGGUCAACAGUGCAUGUGGCUGCCCCUGGAAGACAAGUGAUUUCAUGCCCUGGAAUGUGUUUGACGGGAAGCUCUUUCAUCAGAAGUACCUGCAGUCUGAAAAGGGGUAUUCCGUGGAGGCUCUUCUAGAACAAAAUAGAUCACGGCUCACCAAAUUCCACACCCUGAAGGCUGUCGUCUCCAAGGCCUGCAUGAAGGAGGGCCGGCGCAUCGUGGGCCGGGCACACUGGGGCACACACCACACAGGAAGAUGGGGAAGGCAGGGCUCCAGCUCCCACCCGCCGGGCUCUGGGUAUGGCCAUUCUGGUCAGGGACAACCGUGGAGAGACCAGGGACCAGAGACCGUCCUUGCAGUGGUCAGACCUGCUUCCUGCCCUGCUGCCCGCCGCCUGCUGGGACAGUUGCUCCCAGGACGGGCACUUGGCACAGAUGGAUGUCAACACUGCAGCCUCACACCAAACCGUUCAGUGCUACAUCUAGCUUUUCUCCAUAUAUUCAUGUUGAACCAUUAUGUUUAAAGAACUUUCUCUGUUAAAAAUAAAACAUCACUUAUACCUCAGCACAGCUGUUUUUGUCACGUGCACAGGGGCCUCAGGCACGGCCUGGCUUGUGCAGUUGGAGCCCAAAGGGGAACAGAGCCGGCUGCUCCAUGGCCAGGCCAAGUGCAGCAGGAAUACCAUGGGCACCAAGUUCCUUACUGACCCUGGUGCCAUGGCAGAGGUUGUAGGACCAUAUUCAUGUUAGGAAGGAGAACUCUUCCUUGAAUUGAUAGAAAACAUAAAGAAAAUAUUAAUAGUGUCCAGAAAUUUCUUCCCUUUGUGCAAAUUAAAAUAGCAGAGUGACCUAGCAGAUUGGGAACUAUUCUAGUUGUGACCACAGCAGAUUACUUGGGUUGUCUGGUGACAGGUGGCCCCUCAGUUGCCAGUGGCCUUCCCAGAAGUCCAGUUGCUUUGUAAUGUCCAUGUGUCCUGCCUGUGGUGAGUGGUAAGUGCCCUGCCAAGUGCAGGCUGACAGCUGUGCAGUCCUGUGUGCACCCUCCUGUGCUACGUCCCUGUCGGUUCCGAAGGUUCUUUGGUGGCUGUCGGGCCAUGGCUUGCUGGAGGCCCCGGCAGGCUUUCUGCAGCGUGGCCAGUGCUAAGCACCUGAACCCAGCACACACCCCAGCAGCCCACACUUCAUUUCCAAUGUAGGUAGCCAAGUGAUCAAAGUGGAUUUGCAGCUCUUCCUGACCCUAAUGGAGCAUGAGAAUGUGUGGGCUGUGGCCAUCACAGGGAGCUGGGCUUAGCUGACCAUCUAGAGCAGGCGUCCUCAAACUUUUUAAACAGGGGGCCAAUUCACUGUCCCUCAGACCGUUGGAGGGCCGGACUAUAGUUUAAAACAAAAAACUAUGAACAAAUUCCUAUGCACACUGCACAUAUCUUAUUUUGAAAUAAAAAACAAAACAGGAACAAAUACAAUUCACACUGCUUCAUGUGGCCCGUGGGCCGCAGUUCGAGGACGCCUGGUCUAGAGAAUGGGUGGCGACAAGGGCAACUGGUGUCUGUCUCGAGUGGCCCAGGCCACACCAGGCCAGGUGGUGUGUGCCCAGGUGUGGGUGCCCUUCCUGCCACCCACUGACCACUGUGAAUCUCAGGCCCGUCUGGGAGGAGUGCUCUAAGCCUGGGGCAAGUGUCACCUCUUCUUUUCUUCUUACUUUAUCACAAUGACCUCAACAGUUAGAACCUAAAGCUUCUUCAGGGUUAUGCCUGCCUUUGAUAAAUUGGUCUUUGAAGAAGACCCUACUUUACAGGGUAGGACCAUCACAACACAAAAAUCAAGAAUGGUACAUACCAGUGUCUGGGCUAAAAUAUACCUCUGGGGACCCUUUAAAAUUGAGGGGUUAACGUGCUGAGUUAGCAUUAGAACUAAAGAGUUUAGGAAUGAGACUGGGAGAAACUGAAAGACGAUGCACAAGCAGGGACGGGAUGAUCUGUUUGCAUUGUAGCUCAAAGGGGAGAAAUAGCCACAAAAUGCCGUUGGUGGCACAAGUGUUUUUUUUUUUUUUUAUUUCAGAUGUUUCAGUGUAAAGUGUCGGUGAAACACACACAGAGUCAGGCUUUCAUCAGGAUGGGGAUGUGUUUUCUCAGAUCAAGUGAUCUGCUUUUUAAAUUGUACUUACUGAAUUUCAGGCAGCACAUUUGUGAUAGGGUCUUGUCUACCUUGAACUCCUAUUUUGCUGUUCCUUGGAGAUAUUACCAAAGUUCAAGUACAAAGUUGCCACUAUUUUCCAGAGUUUAAUAGGCAAAAUUCUUUGUUACUAAAAAAACCCAAACAAACAGAAAAAACCUAAAAACAUCACAUAAUGAAAGUAUUCGGUUUCUAUCAAAAAGUUGGGAAGUUUCUAGAGCAUGAAGCUGGCCUAAGCAGAGAGUAGGGUUGAGUAGGGCCCUGGGGGGCCUGGUGGGAACCACUGUGGUGGUCAGCUUCAAGGCCUGGAGCUCAACCCAGAGCCCUGAGAACAAAGGCAGCAAAAGUGAGAACCUUAUAACCUCUCCCCUGCUGUCUCAGCCCAGCUGGUAAGAAAUGACAGUGUUAAAUUCCACAGUUAGGAGCUGCUGGUGUGCCUGUGACUUCUCCAGACUGUCACUUCUCAGGGGUGAUUCUCCAGGAGCCUGAGUGGCUAUAAAACUAUCUCUGGUCACCUGUGAAAGCUGGUGUGGCAGGAGGAGUAACCCAACUCCUAGAUAAAGGUCUCUUUGCUCUGUAUACUAGGAGAAAACUGGGGGCAGGGGAAAUUUUGAAGAAAAGCGGUUUCUUUUAAUGUGAAAAACUAUCACUUUUUUAUUACUAUAUUAGUAGGGUGGUUCUGCUCUGAAUCUCUUUCCAAGUUUCCUUAUCAGAAAAGCAAAAAGUAGCCACAGCCUGGUAAAGGGAAGAGCCACACGUGGGUUUUCUGUACUUGGCAAAGCAUCCACCACACACCAUCUGCGCGUGGGUCUCCGUUUCCAAGUCAUUAGCCGUGAUAAGCGUCGAGGUGUUGUGCAGAUGGUAGGGACUGGUGUUGAGAGGAACAGUUUUGACACUGUGUCCUUCUACCAACCUCUUAAUUAAUUGCUUCCACUUAAAUGGAAUAAUUAUAAAACAAAAUGUUAAUAACACGUGGCCACAUCUGAAAAGACAAGCACCAUUCAGCAUGCUUUUCUUACGUGUCCUUAGAAAUGUGCAGUGUGUCUGCGUGUUCAGACAAAUUUAAUUCUCAGUUUGGUUUUCUUAUACCUUUG